UUUUAUAAUAGAAUUUCUUAAUGGUGGCACCUUCUUGUAUCUAGUAGACUCUGUCUCUCUCUCUCUCUCUCACGGUGUCUGAAGAAGCGAAUAUUCGAUCGGUGGUGAAGCAUGGCGGCGUGGACUGCUGCGGCGGCUCGACAAGCCUCCAACAUGACUCGCCUUUCCUCUAUCAAACCCCAUUCUCUCCUUCACCGUCGUGGCAUGGCUGGCGGCGGCGAUCCUCAUGGACCUCCAAAGGUGAAUAUGUGGGAGGACCCAACAAGUCCAUCUAGGUGGAAAGAAGAACAUUUUGUGCUUGUUUCGUUGGCUGGGUGGGGCGCAUUCAUCUAUGGGACCUACAAGUUCUUCACUAGAGGCAAGGGCAACAAAGAAGAGAAAGUUGGAGAAGCACCAAACAAGGCUUGAGGUUGUUACUCCAUAGAAACGAUAUACCAGUUGCUUAAUAAGUUGCCCUACUCAGAUUUAGUUAUAGGUAUUGUGUUAUUUACUUUGUGAUGAGACAUGCCAGUUUUGGGCAUUUGUGGUGGCUUGUACAUGUACAUGACACAUAAAAAUGGUUUGGGAAUAAAUAAUUACACCUUUUAGAGAAUUA